AUGGCGAAGACGCAGGAGUGCAAGUUAGACUCCAGCUUCCGACAGCGGCUCAAUGAUACGCUGAAACACAAGAACAGCGAUUCGAAUAACGAUAGCGGUGCCGACACGGACACCGCCUCGAACGACUCGCUCGGCCUGCAUCGCAUUGAGAACCCGUCGCACACGGACCUCGCCUGCUCGCUGCAUCUGUACUGCCCACCGUUCGACGAGUGCUUCACAUUCGACGAACGCACCGCACACAAGAACACCUGCAAGACGACGUUCCACAGCAAGUUCGGCGUCAGGACACCCUUC